UGUGAACGAGAGGAUCGCCCUCCUGGAAAAGAGUGUGCCAACCCAGAAAGAAAUACCAGUUGUGGAGAAGCGGUUUCAACUGGUAGAGGAUGAGUUUAGUCGGGAUAUGUGUACACUUCAUCCAGAAGUUAAAGUCUUCAUAGGCAGUGGCAGGGUCAUCUUAGAGGGCCCUGACGCAGAGGUGCAGUCAGGAGCUUAUAAACUGGAUGAACUGAUCAAAAAGGUCAAAGAAAAGAGAGUUAAGCUCAGCACGGCUUUGAUGAACUUCAUAACAUCCAGCGGUGCCAUGUCGAAGUACCAAGCUCGCUUCCGGCAGAUCUUCAGAAGUCCCGUUUCUCUUGAGGUGGGGUCAGACCUUGUCUUUGCCAGUUUAUCCUCUGAUGCCUUAAAUGAGGCGGAGAUGCUGCUGCAAAGAGACCUGAUUCUGGCCAAUGUGCCGCUGCAGGAGGCUGCAUCUUCAGAUCUAGACAGAGUGAAGGAACUCCUCAACAAAGCCAAAAACGAGGCAAACAGUCGAGAGCUCAGAGUGGACGUCAGCUUCAUCCCAGGACUCAGUGGAGCCACAGCUACAGAUGUACAACUUGUGGGCUACAGCAAAAAUGUGAACAAGCUCAAAGAGGUUUUGAAUGACUACCAGAUGAACCAGGCCAUUACUCAAGAAACACUGCAACUACGUCCUGAACUGCUCGACUGUUUUGAUAAAAUCACAGACAUGAUUGGCAUGAAGAAGACCAAGGUGACGCUAAGAGCCUCGUCCUUUCCGUACCCCUGUGUGCUUGUGUCUGGUCCCAACUGUCAAGUCCAAGAGGCCGUGCAGGCCCUAAGUGCAGCUCUAGCCAGUCUAAAGUCAGAAACAUUGGUUCUAGACGGCCCAGGGGCCCUGCAGUACUUUCAAGCAGAGGGUAAAUUGAGCAAAGAGCUGGUAGAGAGCUCCUGUCAGGUUAUUAUCAGGGAAAAACAACGUGUGCACUCCCCAGAUUUGGAAAGUAAACCCCAAAGCACCAGCAGCCUCUUCACCAGCAGCUCCGCAUGCUGGCCCACCCCGCCUUCAAGAGUGUGGCAGAAAACUUUAGGAGGCACACCAAUCACUAAAAUCAAUCUGGAGAUCAGGCUUGGCAGUUUGGAGGAUGAGCAGGUGAACGUGUUGGUGGCACCCAUGCUGAACAAGCAGCUGAAUUCUUCUAAAAUUGGUAAAUGCCUGCUACAUAAAGCCGGGAGUGCAAUCAAGUUAAAGUUCGACUCUGCGGCAGCAAAUUGUACCGUCGUCCCCGGUGAUGUUCUGCAGGUUGAUGCGCCUCCAUUUCUGGGAUGCUCAAAACUCUUCUUCAUUGAGUGCAUGCCGUGGGAUGGAGUCCUGGGUCAGAGUGUGAAGGCACUUGGCAAUGGGCUGAAGAAGUGUGUGGACCUCUGUGUACAGCAGCGUUUGAGCUCAGUGGCUUUUCCAAUUAUUGGACCGGGAAUAAUUUUAAAUUACCCGCUGACAGAAGCCAUCCAAGUGUUAACUGAGAGCAUUAUCCAGUUUGGAUUAUCAGCAUCAUCUGGGUCUCUCGCCACCAUCCAUGUCGUCAUUAAACCGGGCUAUCCUGACUCUGAAGAGGUGACUAUCAACACUUGA